CAUUAUUCGUGUUUUAGUUUUGCAUCUUUGAGGCGUUUUCGACCCUCUCCGACCAUGGGAGCCUGCUUUUCCGCCACCAAAGUAAGCGGCUCGAACGGCAAUGGCGUCAACGUCAACAAAAAGCGCAGGGGGACCACGAAGAAGCCGAAAUCAGAGACGGCGAAGGCGAAUCCCCAACGGCACAAGGCGGCAAGUUCGCGCCACGUGCCGUGCGGGAAGCGCACCGAUUUCGGUUACAAGAAGGAUUUCAAUCAGCGUUACUCGCUCGGAAAAUUGCUCGGACACGGCCAAUUUGGUUACACUUACGUUGGAAUUGACAAAGCCAAUGGCGAUCGCGUCGCCGUUAAGAGGCUUGAGAAGAGUAAGAUGGUUCUGCCUAUUGCCGUUGAGGAUGUUAAGCGAGAGGUCAAGAUAUUGAAAGCACUUACCGGCCAUGAGAAUGUGGUUCAGUUCUAUAAUGCUUUUGAAGAUGAUUCUUAUGUGUUCAUAGUUAUGGAGUUGUGCGAGGGUGGAGAACUGCUAGAUCGGAUAUUGGCCAAGAAGGACGGUCGUUAUACUGAAAAAGACUCAGCGGUGGUUGUAAGGCAGAUGCUCAAGGUUGCAGCUGAGUGUCAUUUACAUGGUUUGGUACACCGGGAUAUGAAACCAGAGAAUUUUCUUUUUAAAUCAAUCAAAGAAGAUUCACCUUUAAAGGCCACAGAUUUUGGUUUGUCAGAUUUCAUAAAACCUGGAAAAAAGUUUCAUGAUAUUGUUGGCAGUGCUUACUAUGUUGCACCUGAAGUGUUAAAACGCAAGUCAGGUCCUCAAUCAGAUGUGUGGAGUAUUGGUGUUAUUACAUACAUAUUGUUGUGUGGAAGACGCCCAUUUUGGGAUAAGACUGAGGAUGGUAUCUUCAAGGAGGUCUUACGUAAGAAGCCUGAUUUUCAUCGGAAACCAUGGCCAACUAUUAGUAAUGCCGCAAAAGAUUUUUUGAAAAGAUUACUAGUAAAGGAUCCUCGGGCGAGAUUAACUGCGGCUCAAGGUUUAUCACAUCCAUGGGUUAGAGAAGGAGGUGAAGCAUUGGAGAUUCCUAUUGAUAUAUCUGUCCUCAGCAACAUGCGGCAGUUUGUGAAAUAUAGUCGAAUGAAACAAUUUGCACUGAGGACAUUGGCUAGCACACUUAAUGAAGAAGAGUUGGCUGAUAUAAAAGAUCAAUUUGAUGCUAUAGAUGUGGACAAAAAUGGUUCUAUUAGCCUGGAAGAGAUGAGACAGGCUCUUGCCAAAGAUCUUCCUUGGAAAUUGAAAGAAUCACGUGUACUAGAGAUAUUGCAAGCGAUAGACAGCAACACUGAUGGCCUAGUGGAUUUCCGGGAGUUUGUAGCGGCUACAUUACACGUGCAUCAACUGGAGGAAGACUCUGACAAGUGGCAGCAACUGUCACAGGCUGCUUUUGAGAAAUUUGACAUAGAUAAAGAUGGCUAUAUUACUACGGAAGAACUUAGAAUGCAUACAUGCUUGAGAGGCUCCGUUGAUCCUUUGCUAGAGGAAGCUGAUAUUGACAAAGAUGGAAAAAUAAGCCUACCAGAGUUUCGUAGACUCCUAAGAACUGCAAGCAUGAGUUCUAAAAAUGUUUCAAGCCCAUCUGUUCAUCGGCGGCGGAGAUUCUAGAUUAGAGGUGCUUCAGAGGCUGAGAUAAGUUUGGAGAUACGAGUGGUGGAGUUCCUCUAUAAGUAUCUUAUUGUGUGAUUGUGCUGAGUCUCUUAAGACUAUCUUCUAUUAUGCAGAUUUUAGCCACUCAUCCAUGCUGACAAUCUAUGAAACUCAAAACUCCAGUUUUUGACUGUGGUAAUCCCCUGCACGGGGAUUAUGUCCUCAAUGUCACGAGGACUACAUCAAGAGGUGUUUGGUAGAGUUUAUGUAGACCCUGCAUGGACUGGUUUCAGUUCUCUUUGAAGAGUGGGGGACAUGGCAACUAUGUGAUUGUGGAUUGAUGACUUAAGGGAGCGGUUGAUGGCUUUGAUGAUUUGCAUUGGAGGUCACUCGUGGGUAUGUGCUCUUGCUGAGAAUGAUAUGAUAGGUUUUUAUUUGUAAUAGCAAUUGAAGCGAGAAGUGGCUAGGACGAAUGAUGCAUUUUUCAUGCAUCAAGGCUUUCUUAUUAUGGAAAAUUCAUUUCUGAAAAGUAUAGGAGUAUGCAUUAAGGAACAUGAGUUUUCUCACGAAAUUGAAUAACAGGAGCGUCACAUAAAAAACAUUAUUAGACUUUUAGUAUAAUUAAUAAAUCCCAAAAACCAUCAUGACGAGUCUCUGCAUA